AUGGCAGAGACAGCGCCAAAGCGACAAGCAUGCCGCGGGUCCUGUCACUGCGGAUUGACGCAGUACAUCGUCUUCCUCACCCUUCCACAUCCAUUCUCGUCGUCUCAUCCACCACAACCAGUCCAACAAGAAGUCUACCGCUGUAACUGCACCACGUGUUACAAAAUGAACAUGUUCCACGUCCAUCCUGCCAAUCCUCGAGACGAUUUCAUGCUCCUUUCACCACUUGAUCCAGAUCAUGAAUUGAGUACCUACCAAUGUAACGACAAGAAACGGAAUUUCUACUUCUGUCCAAAAUGUGGAGUGCGAUGCUUUACGUUUGGCGGCGUGGGUGAGACCGAUGUCGUGGAUUUCACAGAGCUAUCUGAUAACCAAGAAGGGGAGAGAGAAGUUUGGCGUGCGAAGUGGGAUGGAGAGAAUGAUGCGAGACCGUAUGUUUCAGUUAAUGCGACUUCGAUUGAUUUUAGAGAGGACUUCGAUCUAUGUGUUCUCACUGAGGAGAAGAGAGUGCAGUAUUUUGAUGAUCGGAGUGAGCCUGAGGAGAAGAAGAAAGAGGCAAGAUGGGACAGACCACAUUAUGGUGGAAGUUAUUGA